AUGCUCAGCGCAGCUCUCAGCAUCGGGGUGCUGCUGGCCCUGCUGGGCAGCGGGGCGGCAGGCACAGCUCCCCAGGGCUGUGACAUCCCGCCCCAGGAGCUCACCCGGAUGCUGCAGAUCCUGGAGAGAUCGGUAGCAGAGUCCGAGAUCCCGAACCCCAGCGUGCUGCUGGCCUUCAACCUGGCCGGAGCCACCGGCAGCAAUGCCCGGCAGCACCUGCUCAAGCAGAUCGAGGAGGACGCGGUGAAGAGAGCAGAGAAAGACAUGUCCUCAGGACAAGUGGCCCUGUACACCCUCGCCCUCCUCUCCUCCUGCCACAAUCCCCAGCACGUCGAGUCACAGGGGCACAGCGUCAACCUGCUCCAAGCCCUGGAGCAGAAAACGCACAAGGAGGUGGCCAGACUGGAGGAGUAUGGUGUCCCGCUGACCACCCUGUACAGCGUGGGCCUGGACGUGCUGGCGCUGUGCUUGACGAGUACGGGUGACUACAAACAGGAUGCCAUCGUCCUGGCCAAGCAGCUGCUGAACCCCGAAAGCCAGAUCGACGUGGACACCCAGGCUGUGAUGGCGCUGGCGCUGGAGUGCGUGUACGACCGGACACAGCUCCAUGACACACAAGACCUGCUACAAGAGGCGUUGAAAGAGGUGGCCAACAGCUUCCUCGACAAGCAGGCAGAAGGGAACGGCGUGAUUGGGAACAUCUACAGCACGUCGCUGGCCAUGCAGGUGCUGGAAACUGCCAGCAAGUUCUACGCCCCACGGGAGUGGGACUGUGCCCAGGCUUUCUCUGCUGUCUACAGCCACCAGCUGCAGCAGCCCAUGGCUGUUGCCCAAGCGCUGCCGGCCCUGGUGCACAGACCCUACCUCGACGCUGCCAGCCUAGACUGCAGCGUACCGGCCACCCCUAGCCCCGCGGGGCGAUGCUGUGGCCCUGCCGCAGCUCCCAGCCCACCCCUCUGCCCCCCAGGGCCCCCGAUCACGGUGCACUACUCCGUCAGCAACGACCUGAAGGGAAAGCCCUUCGACAUCUCCACCACCGUGAGCGUCCCGGCCGGCUCCACGCUGCUGGCUGUGCUGCAGGCAGCGGAGGAGGCCGAGCCCAAUGAAUUCAGCUUCAAGACGAAGCCGACGUCCUGGGGCCCCAUGGUGGUGUCCAUCCACGGGCUGGCGGGCAGCGAUGCCGACAGGACCUUCUGGCAGUUCUUCAGCGGCGCCGACGCGCUGCAGGAAGGGGUCGGCGUGUACAAGCCGCAGGACGGGGAGCACAUCCGCGCCGUCUUCAGCACCUACUGA